AGCCCGCAGCGUCAGCCGGCGGCGGCGGCGGCGGCGGCGGACACCGAGGAGAGCUUCACCCUGGACUUCACCGCCGUGGAAGGGAACAUCGAUAACUUCAUGGCUCAGAUCAAGAGCUUGGCUCAGUCCCUCUACCCCUGCUCCGCUCAGAAGCUGAACGAUGACAUGAAGCUUCACUUUCUGGCCAACUCCUCGGUUACCUGUAACGACGGGACACCGGCCGGGUAUUACAUGAAAGAGUCCAAGGGCAGCAGACGCUGGCUGAUCUUCUUAGAAGGGGGCUGGUACUGUUUCAGCAAAGAGAACUGUGACACUCGAUAUGACACCAUGCGCCGAUUAAUGAGCUCCACCAACUGGCCUCGCAGUAAAACAGGAACUGGAAUCCUAUCUCCUCAGCCAGAAGAAAACCCGUACUGGUGGAACGCUAAUAUAGUUUUCAUCCCUUAUUGUUCAAGUGAUGUUUGGAGUGGAGCAUCCCAGAAAUCUGAGAAAAGUGAAUAUGCUUUCAUGGGAGCGCUGAUAAUACAAGAAGUUGUCAAAGAGUUGUUGACUAAAGGCCUUGAAAAUGCAAAAAUUCUGCUGCUAGCUGGAACCAGUGCCGGUGGGACAGGAGUCCUCCUGAAUGUCGACAGAGUGGCCGAACAGCUUGAAGAGUUGGGCGUCCAUGGAGUGCAGGUUCGCGGUCUGGCUGAUUCAGGCUGGUUCCUGGACAACAAACAAUACCAAAGGACUGAUUGCAUUGACACGAUAUCAUGUGCUCCCACUGAAGCGAUCAAGAAAGGAAUAAGAUAUUGGAAUGGAGUUGUACCUGAACUUUGCAAGCAGCAAUUCAGAGAAGGGGAAGAGUGGAACUGUUUCUUUGGAUAUAAAAUAUAUCCAACUUUAAGAAGUCCGUUGUUUGUGGUCCAGUGGCUCUUUGAUGAAGCACAGCUUACAGUCGAUAAUGUGCAUCUCACUGGGCAACCAGUUCAAGAGGGACAGUGGAACUACAUUCAGAACCUGGGGAGAGAGCUGAAGAAUACUCUCAAGGAUGUACCGGCUGUUUUUGCACCUGCGUGUUUGUCUCAUGAAGUUAUCACAAAAAGCUACUGGUUGAAUCUUCAAGUGAAGGGGAUAUCCCUACCCCGGGCACUGCACUGCUGGGAUCGGAGCCUCCAGGAUGGGAACAAGAAUGGCAAGAAUUCACUGAAGGGCUGCCCCAUCCAUCUGACUGAUGGCUGUCACUGGCCGCACUGUAACCCUACCUGCCCUACCAUCAGGGACCAGUACACAGGCCAGGAGAUGACUGUUAUACAGUUCCUAAUGCACAUGGGAUUUGAUAUACAGAAGAUGGCCCAGCAGCAAGGGAUAGAGGUUAGCAAACUACUCGGAAUGCUGAGCAGCGGCAGCUAAAAUAUCCACUCACUGGGACCUGAUGAGACUUUGAAUGCGUUUUAAGGACAAAGGUCCGCACACAGUGGAGGAGCAGCAGGCUUUUCUAAUGGGACCUCAACAAUCUCACACAACAAAACCUGCAAGGACACAGAUAAAAUACCAAGCGAUGGAAAGCACUGGAUCAACACAAAACGUGAAAGAAAGACUGUGGGCCUUUCUAAGCCACGGAGGGGUCUUCGUAGAUUGGAUCAUAAAAACAAGAAGAUAAACCCAGAGAAAAUGGAUUCCUUUUCCUUUCAGUUAACAAGUGUAAAACAGGGACAGUGGGAUUCAAGCAGGAAAUGCCAAGGUCAAGAACUGAUGCAAACUAUAAUGCCAUGUAUUUUUUAACAAACUAAAACCCGUGCUAAGUUGGUAAUUUUACAUAUUUAUUUUAUUAUGUAAAUCAUAUUUAUAAGUGUUAUGCAGGCAGAGAGCUAAAUAUGUUUCUUUAUAAAUUGUAAAUACGGUCUCCUAAUCGCAUGUUUUUUGUAAUGGAAUUAAAACAAUCUUAU